AUGCACUCAGGCUCCAUGUCUCUUCUGGGUUAUCCUGCAGAGUGCAGCGGCACAUUCUACAGAACUAACAGUUAUGUCCCAGUGAGUCCUUCUGUUGCUUUUUGCUCCAGUGGUGUAAGCCCAACCUUUGGAUUUUGCUUACCCAGUAAGUACCAAGGAAAUCUCUGGCUCCUGGAUAACUGCCAAGAAACCUAUGGUGGUAUGCCCAGUUGCAAAUCUCCCAGCUGUGAGACGAAGACCUGCAUCACCAGUUGGGACCCAUCGAACUGCUAUGUGCGCUGCAACUCUUCAUCAGUAGGCGAAGUACACACUGCCUGUAAAACUACCAACAUCGGACCCAGCCCCAGCUGCAGCCCACGCACUCAGACCAAGGGGUAUGUAUCCCAUUGCUGGUCACCUAAAGCCUGCGAGAUCCUCAGCAAAGGCUCCCAAUGCCUUGAGAAACUUAACUGCUUAUCCAAGAGCUUCCGACCUCUACACCACUGCAGACUGGGUAGUGUGGAGUAUAGAAGCUCCCAAAAUCUUGGCUUCAUACCCAGUGGCUUCUCACCAUCCUGUUAUGUUGCCAGCAGCUGUCCAUCCCAAAAGCAUUUAAUGAGAAAUUGCCAAUAUCCGAGUUACAGGCCCAUAAGCUGCCAACCGCUGAGCUAUUUUUCUAGAAACUUCUGGUCUCUGAGCUAUAUGCCAAGCACCUUCCCUCCUCUGAGGUAUUUAUGCAGUGGUUGCAGACCUCUGAAUUGCUACUGA